AUGUGUGGCAAUAAAUCGCAAUCUUUGCAACGCGCCCAGACGACACAUCUUUACUGUCGUUCCCUGGAGAAGGACGCGUCGAUAGACGUACGUCAACGUGGCUUUAAUUCGUGUCUGCGUGGCGAACGCGAUGAAUUUUUGGACUAUCGUGAUGUCGGUCCACAACAGCUACAAAUCGAGCCACCACUACCGUACAUGGAGUCAUCGCACAAUGGAAGCUUUAGCGGUAACGAAGCUGGUGGCAGGAAUAAUUCCAAUAAUAUGAAAGUCGAUGCUAUUCAAUUAUAA